AUGGGGAAUCAAGUUGAUAGAACGUUUACUUGGGUGAUUAAGAAUUUUUCCACUUUGCGAUCUGAGAAAAUCUAUUCAGACGAAUUUGUGAUCAGCGGCUGCAAGUGGCGUCUUCUGGCCUAUCCCGAGGGAGAUAACAGCCCUAAUAAUUUUUCUCUGUAUCUGGAAGUUGCUGAUUAUGAAUCAUUACCUUCUGGAUGUAGAAGGCACGUACAUAUUUCGUUUACUCUAGUAAGUCAAUUUCAUGAGAACCUCUCACUAGUGAAAGCAACAAGAAGCUGGCUAGACCACGAGGUACCAGACUGGGGUUUUACAUCCAUGAUUGCCCUUACCAAACUUCAUGACAAUUAUUGUGGAUUUCUUGUGAACAAUGAACUCAAGAUUGUCGUUGAGGUAGAUGUUCUUCAAGUUAUUGGCAAAUUAGAUGUACCAGAGGAAUCUGAGGAGGCAACCAAACCUCCGAGAAAGAUGAAGCACAAUGAUGAUGACGCGGACAUCCCAGAAGAUUUGGUGGAUGUCAAUGGGUUUCAAGUUCUUCCUUCACAGGUGGGUCUAGCGAGGCGCAUCUUUGAAAAACACCCAGAGACUGCAUUAGAAUGUCGUACAAAGAACCAAAGUCUGAGGACAUCAUACAUGAAUGUCCUCCUAAGCCUCAUCAAGAUGCUCUUCAAAGGACCUGAGGAACAAUCCAAGGAUGAUCUGUCUGAUGCAGAAGCUGCUCUGGUAUACAUGACAAGUGUAGGGUUUAAGUUGGAUUGGUUGGAGAAGAAACUUGAUGAAGUAAAAGAAAGUAAGAAGAAAUGUGUCCAGGUGUGUGAAAUGGAGCAACAGCUGCAUGACUUGGAGCAGAAGUCCAAAGACCUUAAAGCUCAGCUGGAUAAAUACAACGCAGAGAUUUUGGAGGCUACAGCUUCUGAUCUUUUUCUCAGUGAUGUUGUUUGA